AUGCGGCCGGCCCAUGCGCCGGCGUCGGCGGCGCGCGGAGGCCGGGCGCUGUACGAGCUGUACAGGGCGGCGAGCCGCGCGGCGGCGCCGGCGGUGCUCCUGUGGCGGCGGCUGCGAGGGCUGGAGCACCGGUCACGUUGGCCAGAGCGGCUGGGCCGGCCGUCGGUCGCGCGGCCUCGGCCAGGCUCGCCGCUCGUGUGGUUCCACGCCGUCUCCCUCGGCGAGGGAAUGGCCGCGCUCCCGGUCGUCCGUCACUGCGCGCGCCUCCAUCCCGGCCUCCCUAUCCUCCUCACCACCACCACUCUCUCCGCCUUCGAAGUGAUAAAGGAUUUGCUACCGGAUGUUGUCAUAUAUCAGUUUGCACCUCUUGACUGUCCUGACGCAAUAGAAAGUUUCAUUGGAUACUGGAAGCCAAGUUUGAUACUUCUCAUGGAAAGUGAAUUGUGGCCAAACCUCAUCAUGUCUGCAGCAGAGAAAGGGAUUGCAGUGGCUCUUUUAAAUGCCCGCAUGUCACUGAAGUCGUUCAACCGUUGGUCUGUGCCUCUAGGGUUACCAUUAGUCUCUCUGAUGCUCUCUAAACUAUCACUUGUUAUCCCACUGAGUACCAUCCAGGCUGUUCGUUUUCAGUUGCUCCAUACACCACCGUACAAAAUCCAUUUCGCUGGCGAUUUAAAAUAUGCUGUCGGUGAUGUUGAGGUUCGGGAGAAAGAGUUGAAUACAAUCAAAGAUCUGCAGCGGCAGUUCAAUGAUAGGCCCAUCUGGAUGGCAGCUUCAAUUCACAGAGGUGAAGAGGAAGUCCUUCUCCGCGUUCAUGACGAGUUAAUCAAGGCGUAUGCUUCGCUACUUUUAAUUCUCGUGCCAAGACAUCCUCAGGACAUCAAGAAUGUUUCUUUGGCACUGAAAAAACAAAAGGUCAAUUUUGUGCUGAGGUCAACAAUGGAAUUGGUGUCUAUAAACACUAGGGUAUACGUGGUUGAUACUCUAGGGGAAUUAAGAAUGCUCUACAGGGUCACUCCAAUAGCAGUUGUGGGAGGCUCAUUUUUACCUAGCUUGUCUGGCCAUAAUUUUUCCGAGGCUGCUGCAGCUGGUUGUGCUGUUCUAACUGGUCCCCAUGUUGGACAUUUCUAUCAUAUGCUGGUUGAAAUGUGGCAAAUAAAUCCUCUAGCUGUCAAGCAGUUGACAGGAGAAGCUGAACUGCUGGAGGUGCUAAAAGAACUGCUUAGCGAUUCCAAAGCUCUAGAAGCACGUCAAGGAGCUGCAAAAGAUGCAUUUUCCAUCAUGUCGCAUGGAGUUGUGAACCGUGUAUGGAAUCUGGUCUCCAGGUUCGCCAUGGACGCCCAACAGAAACGUGGAAUAGUUGAUUAA